AUGUCUCGAUUAGGAACGCCUCCGCCGCCGUCACCCAUGCAAUUGUUGCAAGAGUAUUACGCGCAUGACGCGUGGCAGUUGCUGAUCGCGUGUGCUCUGAUGUCGCGCGUCGCGAGCGGUGCUCUCAAACACGAAUGCAUAUCAAACUUUUUCGCGAAAUUCCCGACGCCGAGCGCGGCGCUCGCGGCGGAUUCGCAGGACGUGUUCGAAAUCAUCAAGCGCCUCGGCUUGUUCCCCGGGAGGAUGCGGACGAUCGUGGAGGUGUCCACGAAGUUUCUAUUGGAAACUGGCGAGUUUGAAGUCGGACUCGAGCCCGAGUUGAAAAUUUACGGUAUCGGCGAGUUUGGAGUGGAUUCGUUUGAGAUUUUUGCCCGUGGCGACGUCCGACGUAAACCAAAAGAUUGCAACCUACAAUCAUUUUGCGCAUGGCAGCGCCGUCACGGGAACGGGAAAGUUAAAGUCGAGACGUGA